UGUUUUUAUCGAUUGAAGUUGCAAGUUUAGCUGAGCAACAGAAUGUUGAUAAAAACUGCACUCAUCGCCUUUACCUGCACCGGUUUUAUUUCAGGCCUGCGUAUUAUUCCCAGAGACAAAAGACAAAUUAAUGCUUUUGGAACGAUAGGAGGUAUUAUCUCAAAUAUACCAGGUAUACCAAAUAAUUCCAGCAUACAGAAAAUACCGGGCUUAACAGAUAUCCCAAGUCAGUCUGCUCGAGUACCUAGUAAAACAGAAAUACCACAAGCUCUAAAAGUUUCAAGUACAACAGUACCAACUAUUGAACGCGUACGCACCUCAGCAGAACCUUUCGAUGCACCAGAAACAUCUGAUACACCUAACGCACCAGAUAAAUCGGACGCCUCAAGUACUACAGAAACAUCCGAUACAUCAAACCUGCCGUCGGUCCAAAAUUCUCCUGCACCAUUGAAAACGUCAGGUAUCCCAAAUAUACCUGGAGUGCCAAGUAUCCCAACUAUACCCGGUUUCUCUAGCGGAACUAGCGAUAUCCCAAGCGCACCUGAUAUACCCAAUGGAAUCAACCCAAAUAAUGGAAUAAGUGUCGGAAUUGGAAAAGGAAUUAGCGAUGGAGCUAUCCACAAUUUUGGUUCCGGAAUUUCGCAGGUUGCCGAUGGAGUUGUUAACAGAUUCAAAAAUGCUGUUAACCAAACAUAUCAAGAAGAAAAAAAUUCUAUGAAGGAUAGUUUUGAUUCGGUGAAAAAUUUAAUUCACCAAAAGUUCGAGACUGGAGCUAACUUAACCAAGACUAGUUUCGACUUGGGUACCAUGGGUCCCAAAUUCUUCAAACAUCUUAUUAUCAAUUAAGUAACUUAAUUUAGGAAUAAUUAUUCAUUUACUUUUGAAAUUGCAAUAAAGUUUUGAAAUAAAUUGAUUUACUUUACAAUUAUGGCGUUUUAAGUAAAUAUAAAGAUGAUCAUUGACAAUAAAAAUGGAGAUAGCAAAUUAGACAAUAAAAUAACUUUACUUAUCACUAGCAAUUAUUUGGACCAAAGAGAAACUGCAUUAAACGUAUAGUGCUGCUUUUGGCUACUAUAUAUCCCUUAAAGAUAAAUAUUACAGCAUUGAAACAUUUUUAUCAUAAAUGGAUGUACAAAAUCAUACGUUACGAGUACAUAGAAAGAAAAAUUUAUUUUUAUAAGUUUAAUUACCACAAAAUAUUAUAUAGAAAGUAUAUUACAACGAAUACUACGAAAUAAAAAAAAGAUAUAAGUAUCUAUUUUGAACUAAAUCACAUAAUAAAAUAUGUUAGUAAUUUACCGAAAACGCAAAAUAGAAGAAAGUUAAUAAGUCAUUUUUCAACUACAAGUACGAAGUUUAUGUCUUUUGUAUAAUUAAUCUGAUUUGUAAAUUUUUCAGAUGGGAUGGACUGCUAGGAGCAGUGCGUACAUGUAUAACCCAGUCAAUAACUUAGGACAAACUUUUUCACCCUCCCGUCGCGUCGUGACGUUCCUCCUGUAAAUGUAAAUAAGAUGAGACAAUAUGAGUCUCUGCGUGUGACUGAUAAACUGGCUCGAUGAUAAACACUUUAACGACUAAAUCUCUUCCACUUAUUUAGGACAGGCUGAUUUAUGUAUAAGAAUUUAUACAGGUGGUAUUCUUGAUUCUGACUUUCAAAUAAAAGAACUCGAUUAAGAUUAAGAACUCGACUAUUCGUGAAUUUUUUGAACAUCUUGUUAUUCUGCUGUCCACGUACAAACCACUGUGUUUACGCACCGCGCACCCCGAUUUUCUGGUACGUCAAUUACACACGAUGACAAGAAAAGCUGUCCACGUACAAUCCCUUGGAUUGCCGUGAUAGGGUCUCCUCAGCUGUUAUAUGCGCUGAGUUGAGAUCGUACUUGAAAAUGUGGAAAGUGAACUUCAUUUAUUAAGCAAAUA